AUGCGUGCGGCCUAUUGGGUCGCGCUGGUCGUUGCUGCGCUGGCCACGUCCGUUGAUGUCGUCGAAGCAGAUGCGCCAGUCACAGCGUCAACAGGUGCCGACCCGCAGCAGGUGAAGGACCAGCAGACGCACGCCGACGCGGAGAUCGUACUUAAGCUGGAACACGAGGUCCAGACGCUCACGCAGACGCUCGAGACGCUCGAGACGGGCGCUGUCAAGGAGAAGCAAGCGCUCGAGAAGGUCAAGAUCGAGCUGAAGACGGCCAGGGGCGAGCUCGAGGCCGCACAUGAGCGCGUUGUUGCGCAGGAAGAGCAUGUCACUAAACUGAGGGAGACGCUCGCGACCGAACGCGCGCGUUUUACGGCCGAACUCGAGGCUGCGCAGCUGAAAGUUGCAGACGAGACGGACAAAGUGCAGCAGCUGGAAAAGACGAACGCGCUUUUGAAAACGCAGAACAAGGCAAUGGGGCAGGAACUGGGGGUAGCCAAGACUGCAGAGCUCACGAUGAUGGCGUUGCUGUCGUCGUACUACGACGGCGCGCGGGUGUUGACGGAGCAGACGCUCGAGUUUGCUCAGGAUCGGCUCAGUAAGCACGCAGACACGUUGGAACAGGUGCAGACUAAGUUUGACAGUGUCAAGAAAGUCACGCGUGACACGACGAGUAAGUUUUACCAGGAGAACGUGGCGCCCACGUUGAAUCCGAUUCUGGAUCCCAUUUUGGCUGACGUGCACAAGGUUGUGCACCCGCAAGUGGAAAAGUACAUGCCGAUCCUGCAGCAACACGCAGUGAAAGCAAAGAAGCGAGCGCUCGUGUACUCGCGCGCGGCUCUGCGUCAUGCCAAGCAGGCGCGCAUCAAGGCGAUACAGAUGCUGGCGCAAUACAAACAUGUGGCGGCCUAUGCGCAGAAAGUGGUGGACGCUGUGCUGAUCGUUCUUGCGGUCCCGCUGGCGCUGUUUUGGACCCGCUUGGGGUUCCGUCUCGUGUGGUGGCUGUUGACGACGACGCUGUGGGUGCUGACGUGUGGCUUGUGCUGUAGUUCGCGCAAGCAUAGCUCAACGACGAAGUCUGAGUGUACAAAGAAGACGGCUCGUGUCAAUGCAAGCCCAAGUGCAUCGGUCAGUAGCUUCCCGAAAAAGACGGUGACAAACAAGACGGUGGCGACUACCCAGAAGCGCAACAAGAAGAGCAAAAACUAA